AUGAUCCAUGUGGAUUUGCGGUCACUCACCCAGCCUGUGGGCAUCAUGCGAGCAAUGGCGACCAUCCUCACCUGCAUGUGUUUUAGUCUGGUGGCAGCAGUGGGACAUGUCUUAUCUUCCUACUGGGCGUGGUGCAUGUUCACCUGGUGCUUCUGCUGCUUCUUCUCCCUUCUCAUUCUCAUAUUGGAGUUCACAACUGUCAGCACCAAACUGCCUUUUGCCUGGGAUGACUUCACUGCUGCCUUUGCUAUGCUGGCGUGCCUCAUGUGUCUGGCCGCCUCCAUCAUCUACCCAACCUUCUUCACCUGCGCUGCCUGCCCCCACCAGAUUGGCGCCGCUGUGGUGUCCUGGGCUUGUUUCGGGGUGUAUGCAGGUGAGGUGGCCCUAACACACCUCCGUCCACGUGGACAGACCAACGGGUUCCUUUCCACCUUGCCUGGCAUACUGAAGAUGCUGGAGACCUUCCUGGCCUGUCUCAUCUUCACGUCCCUGGAGAGCAACCAGUACGUCGGUUCCUCGGGGCUGCAGUGGUGUGUGGCCGUGUACUCCUUGUGUUUUAUCUUUGCCAUCGUCAUAAUCUUGCUCAGCACUGGACAGUUUACCUCUUUUUUUCCAUUCUCCUUUGACAAGCUGGUGAUUGUCUAUAACAUUUUGGCAGCAGCGAUGUAUAUGACAGCUAUAGUGCUAUGGCCACUGUACAGUUUACAUAACAAUACGAGACCCAGUAACUGUGGCCACCUGUGUGCCUGGGAUAAACUGGUAGUGGUCACUUUCAUGACGAUCCUCAACUUUAUUGUUUACACCCUGGACACUGUCUACUCUGUACGCCUUGUGUUUUUUUCCAAUAAUGAGUGAAGCUGCUGCUUAUUAGAGUUAACAUCAUGGCUCUGAAUCACUGUG